UAAAAUCAACUGAGCAUAUCUGUUGGAAUUCAUUAAACGUUUUACCGCACAGGCCGACGUACAGCGGUUCGAGAUCCGAGAUUCAAAAAUCCAAAACUCCGAAAACCCGAGAGCUCCAUCGUCUUCUCACACACGCAAACACAUAUUAGCCCAGCUCAAUCAACCAGCAAAUAUGAAAUUCUUAGUCACCAUCGCCGCCCUCUGCCUCUUUGUGGCCUUCGCUGCGGGUCAGCAAUACUUUUUGGGUCAGUUCCCCAGCCGGGCUCGCUUUGGAUUCGAUCCCGUGGCGCUGGCGGGACCCUCAUCGGCCACACAGGUCCGGGAUCCUCGACAGAACAGAGGACCCGUGGUGUUCCCCCCAUCCCCGCCAGAUGCAGUGGACGAGUCCAGCGGCGUGGUCGUCGGUGCCUCCGGAUACGGUUUUGUGCCGCCCCAGCAAAGAAAACUCGUUGGUUAAAGUAACAAAUCUUCCCCACACCGAAUACCAAAUCUUCCCCACACCUAUUACCACACCGAUUACCAGUAAUUAACACACACAGCACACGAAAGCACGCACACACACACACACGAAUUUUGCACACCAGCACCGGAAACGGAAAUGCGUCCCUCUUAGCUAAUUACUGCCACCCACUAACUUGGCACACCUCCCCCUUUCCCCCCUUCCCUCCCUUCCCCCUAAUAAUAAACUUAACAUAACUUAGUUUAAUUAGCUUGAAAACCCAAUGUUAAUUACCACUUUAUAGUUUCGUUUUGUAACUUGUAUUUCUCUUAUGAUUUCUGCUUCUUUUUUAUUUAUAUUUCAAAUUGGAAUUGUAUUAUGAUUUUACCUUUUAUUUUUACCUUAUUUUAU